AUGCGACCGGAGGCACGUGGUGCGAGGCUCACACUCGAGCGCUACUGCGUUGCUCGCACCACACACACCCAGCCGAUAGGGGAACACUGGCCACUGACUCUGAGAGGUUUCUCGAGGCCGCAUGGACGCGAGAGACAGAUCGCAGAGGUGGAGGCCCGCAUCGAGGCCGACGACAUCAGGUACCUGUACUGCCAGUUCGUCUCGGUGACGGGGCGGAUCAUGGGCAAGGGGAUCCCGGCCAAGCACUUCGGCAUGAUCGCCCGCAAGGGCUUCCAGCUCGUGUACGGCUCCACCGCCAACCUCUUCACUGACCGCCACGGCAACUACAUCGGCUACGGCCCCGAGGCCCGCGAGCUGGUCGGCAUCGGCGAGCCGGAGACGGGCCGCGAGGAGGAAGUGGACGGCGGCGCCUUCCUCACCUCGGACUGCCGCGGCAACCUCCGGCGGCUUCACGCUGAAUUCGAGGCCAAGCACGGGCUGCACCUGCGGGCCGGCUGCGAGCCCGAGAUGAUGUGGCUCAAAGUCGACGCCGACGGCAAGCCCACCGUCGAGGGCAUGACCAAGCCCAACUGCUACCACAUCGACCAGUUCGCCGAGCUCCAGCCCCUCAUCCACAAGGUGAUCGAGUACUGCGAGGCCAUGGGCCUCGACAUGAUCCAGGGCGACCACGAGGACGCCCCCGGCCAGCUCGAGUUGAACUUCAACUUCGACCGGGCCGAGCUCACCGCCGACCGGCUCACCACCUACCGGCAGGUAUGCAAGCAGGUGGGCCGCGAGCUGGGAGCCUUCCCGUGCUUCAUGCCCAAGCCGUUCAUGGGCGUGUCGGCCAACGGCUGCCACCACAACAUCUCGCUGUGGGACGCCGACGGCAACAACAAGUUCAUGCCCGAGGGCGACAACCCGCAGAUGCCCGGGCCCGUCGGCCUGAAGGCCAUCGGCGGGAUACUGGAGCACGUACAGGCCCUGACCUGCCUCACCUCUCCCACGGUCAACUCCUAUCGCCGUCUGUGGGACACGGGCUUCUGGGCCCCGGUGUUCGCCGACUGGGGCUUCCAGAACCGCACCACCGCCCUGCGGGUGAGCGCCCCGGGCCGCUUCGAGUACCGCUCGGUGGACAGCGCGGUCAACCCGCACCUGUCGUUUGCGGGACUGCUGCAGGCCAUGGACGACGGCCUCGACCGCAGCCUCGACCCGGGCCAGCCCGAGGAGCGCAACAUCUACGAGGCCAUGGAGGCGGGCAAGGACGUCAAGAAGAUCCCUCUAAACCCUCGGCGACGCUCUCGAGGCCCUGCGCAGCGACGAGAGCCGAUCUUCACGAGGGCGGAGGUCAUCAACGACAUCCAUGUGAAGGCCGAACUCGGCCGCUAUCGGAUGCGGGGAUUCUCGAUCUUCAAGAAGAUCCCCCACUGGGACGAGCUGGUGUUCCUGCCCGGAACCCUCACCCGAUUCGUGAUCGAGGGCUACCGCGAGAAGUGCGACACCUCGACGGUCAUCGGCUCUCGCUUCGCGGCCAAGCCGCUCGAACUGGAGAUCCCGGUGUACAUCACCGGCAUGAGCUUCGGUGCGCUGUCGCUGGAGGCCAAGAUGGCCUUGGCCAAGGGCGCGUCGAUGGCUGGCACCGCUACUUGCUCGGGCGAGGGCGGAAUGAUCCCGCCGGAGCGCGACCUGUCCACCAAGUGGUACUACCAAGUCAUCCAGAGCCGUUACGGCUUCAACCCCCACCACUUGAUGCUGGCCGACGCGGUGGAGUUUUUCAUCGGCCAGGGUUGCAAGGUCGGUCUCGGCGGCCACCUGAUGGGCCAGAAGGUCACCGAGCAGGUUGCUGAGAUGCGGUCGCUGCCGGCGGGCAUCGACCAGCGGUCGCCGGCCCGUCACCCUGACUGGCUCGGCCCCGACGAUCUGUCGCUGAAGAUCCAAGAGAUUCGCGAAAGCCACCGACUACCAGGUCCCCAUUCAGCUCAAGCUGGGAUCUGCCCGGGUAUAUGA